UCCCUUGUCUCUCUAAAUCCUCCACCUCCUCUGGGUUUGGUUUUUGAGUUUCCAGACCAAGAAAAUGGCGGCACUACAGCCGCAACAUUCAUUGCAAGAGAAGCAACAAGUAAUCCCACCCGUGCUUCUACCUGCACCGGUGGGCUGCAAUCCUCUUUACCAGAGAGCUUCGCUCUAUGUGGGUGAUCUGGACCCUAAUGUCACCGAAAUUGAUCUCUGGCAUAAGUUCUCCUCCACGGUACCCGUCGCUUCAGUUCGUAUCUGCCGUUGCGCUGUCACGGGUCGAUCUCUCCGAUAUGGUUAUGUCAACUUCAACUCCUACUCUCAUGCAUGCAAAGCUCUGGCUUUUCUAAACCACACGGAGUUGAAGGGAAAACCCAUAAGGAUAAUGUGGUCUCAAAGGGAUCCUUCCCAAAGAAAGAGUGGUGUCGCCAAUCUGUUUGUGAAAAACCUUGAUCCUUCAAUCAAUAGUGCUAACUUGCAGGAUAUCUUCUGCCCCUAUGGGAAUAUAAUUUCAUGCAAGGUACCCCAAGAAAAGGGGAAAGGUAAAGGCUAUGGAUUUGUCCAGUUUGAUUCUGAGGACUCGGCUUUGACUGCUCAAACAGCUCUCCAUGAUACAAUUGUUGAAGGGAAGAAGAUAUACGUGUCUAAAUUUGUCAAGAAGAGUGACAGGACUGUUUUUUGUGGAGAACCACCAUUCACCAACCUUUAUGUGAAAAACGUUGGGGACGAUGUAACAGAUGAUCUCCUUGCAAAAACAUUUUCUGCACAUGGGGCAGUUCAAAAUGCUAUGAUCAUGAAGGAUAGCCAUGGAAGAUCCAGAGGGUUUGGGUUUGUGAGCUUUAAGUCACCAGAUGAGGCAAAGAAGGCUGUUGAAGCCAUGAACGGUAUAGAGCUUGGGUCAAAGAUUUUAUUUGUGGGAAGGGCUCAAAAGAAAUCUGAGAGGACUGAGAUCCUAAAACAAAAAUACAAGGAGAUGGUUGGCAGCCGUUUGAAGAAGUUGGAGACCUCAAAACUGUACGUGAGUAACCUGAGUGAAUCCGUGGAUGAAGAAAGAUUGAGAGAACUCUUUGGAUGCUAUGGAAUGGUAAAAUCUGCAAAAAUUAUGCGCUGUGAAAGUGGGAGGAGUAAGAAAUUUGCUUUUGUGUGUUUCUCUAGUCCUGAGGAAGCAAAAGAGGCUUUGGAUAAGCUUAAUGGGGCUUUCUUUGAAGGGAAGAUACUGCAUGUAGGAAUGGCACAGCGAAAAGAAGAUAGAAUCAAGAAAUAUCAGAACACUUAUGCCUCCCAGCCCAUGCAGUAUUCUUCAUACCCUCUAAGCCCUGAUGAGAUCACUAAUCAGCUCCACCCAUUUUACUUCAGUUACUCUCCUUACUCUCCUGUGUUCCAUAUCCCGCGGCAGCCCUUCCCCUUGCUGCACAACCAAAUUGUUCAUCAAAGUUCUGGUGCAAAUGCAGGUGUUAGAUAUAUGCCAAUUUACCAAACUUCUGGUUCAUACGUUCUAGGAGAACAAAACUUGUCCAACACUGGAAAUGCUUGGAAUAGGGUCUACAGACAAUAUAAUUUUGCUAAGGAGAACAUAAGAAAUACACCUAAUGAAACUUCCCUUGCAAGAGAGGCAGCCAUAGGAAAUCUUGGCCCCUUUACUAGGAAUCUUCAGACUGGGUAUGUAGCAAAGGGCAGCGGUACUUUGUUGGAUGUGAAUUCACCAAAUUCCAAGACUGCAAAAGGUGAACAGACAGUUGAAGGGCAGAAAAAAGCGAAGGCAGCAAUUAGUUUGGAGCCUGGUGUUACUUUUCCAAAAUCUGGGCUUUGCUUGAGAUACUGACUCUUUGUUGUUUUCUUCACCAGUCACCAGCUUUUGUUAAGACUGAAUAGUUUUUUGUACAGCUUUUAGAUUUUGACAGUCAGUUUUCUCAUUUACAUUUUAAACCAAAAGUACAGCUGUAUUGUGUGGAUCAAGAAGUUUGGUUCAUGGUCCAUGGCCUUUUGAAAUCCUAGAAAGCUUGUUUAAAGGGAAUUGCAAUU